CUAUCCGAACGCGCUAAGUUAUCGCUUGAGGUAAUUAGCCACGUGACUAUAUGGUUUCAAUAUCACGUGAUAUACGCAGGAGAUACUGUAUUGGAUGACCGGGAUAUCAAAGCUAGCCAGGCCCAACUACCGCGUCUCGAGUCUACGGGUGAAGCGGCUCCUGCAAUCCCGCGGGCUCUGGGAUGUCGUGGAACCCCUCCCGAAGGCAGAGAAGGCAGGAGAGCAGCCCCAAGCACUGCGCGGCGACGUACCUGCCGCCGCUCCUCCCCCGACCGCAGACUUCGAAGUCCGCGAUGCCCAAGCGAGCUGUCUGAUAAUGGAGCUUUGCGACCCCAUCUCCCUCGACCUCAUCGUCUCCAUCGAAUGUGCGUGCGAGCAAUGGGCGCGUCUGAGGUUCUACGGGCCUUCAUUUGGGCAGUAUCAGGGGCUACGGGAGGAGUUUGGGGAGUUCGCGGCGAAGGCGGGAGGAAAGGGGUGGGUGGAGAUUGCCCGGGGGGGGGUGCCAGGAGGGGUAAUUGUCACGAGUAGCCUCACGUGCAGGACCUGUCACGUGCACUAUAGUGCCAAGGUGGAGGUGUAA